AUGGAAGAGUCGCUAGAAGAUCGAAUAACUACGAUCGAGAGAGCAUUGGGCAUUGACGAGUGCACAGACGCAAAAGCGAAAGAUUUUGAUGUAGCAGCAUUGCAAGCCAGAUUGUCAAAGCUGGGGUUAGAUCGAGUCAUGAAAAUCCCUCUUGCGAAGUUGAAGAAGCUCAAGAAUCUCACAAACAAGCCCCCUACACAAUCUUUAUCUGAAAGAUUAACAACGAUUGAAUUCUGCGAAAGUCUGAUUCGGCAGCGAGCCGAACUACUCAAGGAGUUCGAUGAGCGACUGGAGCUUAGCUGUAUACUUUUUCCGGUGGUCCUCAAAACGGACAAAAUUGGAUUAGUACCUCAGCAGGAACAGGAGUUGGAUGCCAUCCAGAAAGACAUUGAAAAGGGAUUGGAAGAAUGGAAGAAGUACACCAUGGAACUGGAUACCUUCAAAGCCGAGUACUUUUCUGUUAUUGGAGCUUUAAGAGAACGCCUUGAAGAAAUAGAAUGUGUGAUUUCUCAAGCUGAAAAAGAAAACGAAGCUUGA